AGGUCAGUGGUCUCCUGAGGUGUGUCACCGACGAGGCGUGGACUCUCGAGCGGCGCGCCUGAUUGGUGGCUGAACUUCAUGCGGCCGAAGGUGGUACCCUGGGGAGCGUCGAGCAGGGCUCACUGCAGCCGAGUCCCGCUGAAGCGCAAUGCCUCGUUUUACUGUCCACAUCCGAGAUGAGUGGCUGGCGGUGCCCUGCCGAGACGCCACCAACACCAUCCGGUGGCUCGGACUUGAAGCUCUUAAACGUUAUAUGAAGAACAAACCAGACAACGGCGGCAUCAAGGCUCUAAAGGAUACUCGUUUUGUUGUGCGCAGGUGCCAGAGUUUGGGUUUGUUGGACGCGGAUGACAUCAUCGAGGAUGUACUGGAGGAUAAUGACUUUGUCGAGCUUGCCAUUGAAGGCGAUACUAUGUCUCCUGAUUUUAUCCCGUGUGAGCCUGGAGUUUCUCAUCUUACAGCAGCAUACAGAGAGCCAGGAGAAUAUCUUUCCCUGGAUGGCAACAGUCUGACAUCGACAGAUCUGGUCAACCUAGGAAGGGGACUCUACAAGAUAAAGCUGACUCCGGAGGCAGAAAAAAAAGUUGUGCAAUCCAGGGAGCUUCUGGACACAAUUGUCAAAGAAAACAAAGUUGUCUAUGGAAUCACAACAGGUUUUGGCAAAUUUGCCCGGACAGUCAUUCCUAUCAGCAAGCUCAAGGAGCUGCAGGAGAACUUGGUGCGGUCACAUUCAGCUGGUGUGGGAAACCCGCUGAGCCCAGAAAGGACCCGCAUGCUCCUUGCUUUGAGGAUCAAUGUACUGGCCAAAGGAUACAGUGGAAUUUCUCUGGAAACCCUUCAUGCAAUGAUCCAAGCCUUCAACGCUUCCUGUCUCUCCUUUGUCCCAGAGAAGGGAACGGUGGGUGCUAGUGGAGAUCUUGCACCGCUUUCUCACUUGGCCCUGGGGCUGAUGGGAGAGGGGAGAAUGUGGUCUCCCAAAAGUGGAUGGGCAGAUGCCAGAUAUGUCCUGGAGGCCCAUGGACUGAAGCCAAUAUCACUAAAGCCCAAAGAGGGUCUUGCUCUGAUCAAUGGGACCCAGAUGAUCACCUCUCUGGGGGCGGAGGCUGUGGAACGAGCCCAGGCGAUUGCUCGGCAGGCAGACAUCAUUGCUGCUCUGACCCUGGAGGUACUGAAAGGAACCACAAAGGCCUUUGACAGUGACAUCCACUCGUUGCGUCCCCACCCAGGACAGACAGAGGUGGCCUUACGCUUCCGUUCACUGCUGGACUCUGAUCACCAUCCAUCCCAGAUUGCAGAGAGCCACAGGUUUUGUGACAGAGUCCAGGAUGCCUACACCAUGCGAUGUUGUCCUCAGGUUCAUGGAGUCGCCAAUGACACAAUAAAGUUUGUCCAGAACAUCAUCAAUACAGAAAUAAACAGUGCCACUGACAAUCCCAUGGUAUUUGCAGAAAGAGGUGAGACCAUUUCAGGGGGGAAUUUCCAUGGCGAAUACCCAGCUAAGGCUCUGGACUUUUUAUCCAUUGCAGUCCAUGAGCUGGCCUCUAUCAGCGAGAGGAGGAUUGAAAGGUUGUGUAACCCCUCUCUGAGUGAGCUGCCUGCCUUCCUUGUCAAUGAGGGAGGACUUAACUCAGGAUUCAUGAUUGCUCACUGCACUGCUGCCGCCUUGGUUUCAGAGAAUAAAGUUUUGUGUCAUCCAUCUUCUGUGGAUUCCUUGUCCACCAGUGCUGCCACAGAGGAUCAUGUGUCUAUGGGAGGCUGGGCUGCUAGGAAGGCCCUGAGGGUUGUGGAGCAUGUGGAGCAAGUUCUUGCUAUAGAGCUGCUGGCAGCCUGUCAGGGUAUCGAGUUCCUCCGCCCACUUCGUACCACCACUCCACUGGAGAAGGUCUAUGAACUUGUGCGCAGCGUGGUCAAACCGUGGAUCAAGGACAGAUUCAUGUCUCCAGACAUUGAAGCUGUUCACCGCCUUCUACUUGACCAGAAGGUGUGGAAUGUUGCCAAACCUUAUAUUGACAAGUAUCAGACAGAAUACAUCCCCGAGUCCCGUCCCAUCUCUCCUACUGCCUUCUCUCUGGAGUCUCCAGCAUCACCAAGGAAGCGUGUUCGUCAUGAGUGAAAGCAUGUCCAACUUUUAUUAUUUUGCAAUUGCUAAAAUUAAUAAGCCUCAUACAGUGACACUUCAGUGGAUUUCAACCAAAAUCUUUGAUUGAAGAUGCAACACCUGUAGACUAAAGUAAUAUUUUGAUCUCUGACAUUUAUGUUUUUUAAUUUUUGCGGAUUUCUUGGUAAUUUAAGAAGUGGGUUUACCACAUAUUUCUCUGGUAACUAAUGGGCGUUAAAUGUGCGAUACACCACUCUUCCCAAGAGUUUAAUUCAUCUAAAUGUGCCUAAUUCAGUUUUUACUGCCACAUGCCUACCUCAGCCACUGUACCAUUUUCAUAUCAAACAUUUUUUAAUUAUGUAGCACAAACACAACUAUAAUAAAAUAUGUGGAAUAUGUAAAUUGAAUUUUAAAUGACUGUCAUGUAUACAUUUUCAACUUAGACAACACAACAAUAAAAGCUUUUAAAGCUUCUUCCCA